AUGCUGGGCCUGUGCUCCCUGCUUCUGCUCUGGGGCCUGGCCGCGCCCAGCCACGGGCUGCUGGAGACGGUGGGCACGCUGGCCCGCAUCGACAAGGACGAGCUCGGCAAAGCCAUUCAGAACUCGCUGGUUGGGGGACCCAUUCUGCAGAACGUGCUGGGGACAGUGACGUCUGUGAACCAGGGUCUCCUGGGCUCAGGAGGGCUGCUUGGAGGAGGCGGCCUUCUGAGCUACGGAGGGAUUUUUGGGGUCGUGGAGGAGCUGUCUGGGCUGAAGAUUGAGGAACUCACGCUGCCCAAGGUGUCGCUGAGGCUGCUGCCAGGUUUUGGGGUGCAGCUGAGCCUGCACACCAAAGUGGGCCUGCACGGCUCUGGCCCCCUGGGGGGCCUCCUGCAGCUGGGGGUCGAGGUGAACGUGUCGUCGCGGGUGGCGCUGGGUGUGAGCCCGCGGGGGACGCCCAUCCUCAUCCUCAAGCGCUGCAGCACACUCCUGGGCCACAUCAGCCUGCUGUCGGGGCUGCUGCCUGCGCCACUCUUUGGGGUCGUGGAGCAGACGCUGUUCAAGGUGCUGCCGGGAAUGCUGUGCCCCGUGGUGGACAGUGUGCUGGGCGUCGUGAAUGAGCUCCUGGGGGCUGCGCUGGGCCUGGUGCCCCUGGGGGCUCUGGGGUCCGUGGAGUUCUCGCUGGCCACGUUGCCGCUCAUCUCCAACCAGUACAUAGAGCUGGACAUCAACCCCAUCGUGAAGAGCGUAGCUGGUGAUGUCAUUGACUUCCCCAAGCCCCACGUCCCAGUCAAGGUGCCCCCCAAAGAUGACCACACGUCGCAGGUGACAGUGCCGCUGUACCUCUUCAACACUGUGUUUGGACUCCUGCAGGCCAACGGUGCCCUCAACAUAGACCUCACCCCUGAGCUGGUUCCCAACAACGUUCCACUGUCAACCACAGACCUGGCAGCUUUGGCCCCUGAGGCCCUGGGGAAGCUGCCUCCAGGCCAGCACCUCCUGCUCUUUCUGCGGGUGAAGGACGUCCCCAUCGUCAAGCUCCAGAACAAGAAGGCCGCCGUCUCCAUCCCAGCUAGCAUCCGCGUGCUGUUUGCGGUCCCUGGAGGGAGCCCCGAAUUCCUCUUCGAGCUGAAUGGGGCGCUGACCCUCAAAGCCCAGCUGGCUCCUUCGGCCACCAAGCUGCACAUCUCCCUGUCCCUGGAACGGCUCAGCCUCAAGCUGGCCUCAUCCAUCACCAACUCCUUCGACGUCUCCCGCUUGGAGAAAUGGCUCAGCGAUGUGCUCCAGGCCACCUACGUGCAGAAGCUCAACGUGGACUUGGCGGUUGGAAUUCCCUUGCCCAAGAUUCUCAAUGUCAAUUUUGCCAAUUCGGUUCUGCAGAUCAUUGAGAAUGCUGUUGUACUGACGGUGGCGUCCUGA